AUACGUGUCCACACUAAUGAAAUUGUCAAUUUGUUGAACGAUUGGUCGGUCCUUUCUCGAGCUCUUGUUCACAUUUUUUACGUUUAUUUGUCUAAUAUGUGGUUCAUAUCGGAUACCAGCUGAGAGUAUUGAAGCUUGUUUAUCCACAUAUAACUUGCAAUGUUAAGAUGACUCCAUUAAAGGACAAUCAGGAUGUGGCGUCAUUUCUGGUCACGAAGCACUCAUGGAAGGGGAAGUACAAGAGGGUGUUCUCAAUUGGCACCCAUGGCAUCACCACAUACAACCCCGACCGCCUAGAGGUCACUAACAAAUGGCUGUAUGCAGAUGUUGUGACUAUCUCAUCCUCAAAACAUUCAAACUCAACUGUCAACCAUGAUUUUACCCUGGUUAUGAAAAAGGAUAAAAAGGUUGACUCCAUGAAGUUUUCAUCUGAAUACAAAUGUUUGAUUUUAACAGAGGCGUUUAAAUACAGACUCUUGUUUGCUGAGAAACCUAAAGAUGUUUAUAGGUACCAAGCAUACAAACACCACUGGAGUGGAACACGUCUCCCUAUUGUAUUGGAGGUUGGUCCUUGUGCCCUGGAGCAACUGGACCCUUCCACCCACACACUGCUUGCCAGCUACCCAUACUGUGAUAUUCAAGGCAUACUCCCAGUACGAGACAUUCCAGGGGGAUUUGUAUUGGCGGUGGGGGGCUACAGCAGACUACACCUGUUCUCCAAUGCAAUGGACCACCAGAUAAUAAUCAAUAAGAUGCUAGAAAUGGCGAAUUUAUCACUUAGUAUUAGCAUCAAAGUAUUGUCUACGAUGAUUACUUUAGACGACUAUCAUGACCAGAGAUUUGGGAAGUACAGUGGCGAUCAACAUCAGACGUCUCUUAGCGAGUUCAUAGUUCAGAAAGUGAAUCCUGCUCGGCACAUGGAGCCGAUGCGACGUACUCUCUGCCUAUCCGAUACUUGUAUACUAGAGAGAGAUCCUCAAACUUAUUCCGUGGUAUGUUUACGUCCACUGAGUGAUGUGUUCGCUUUAGUAAGAGACACGGAUCAUCCGCAAAAGUUCUCCAUCGAAUAUCUUAAUGGACAAACGCGAAUGUACCUGGCUGGUGAAAGGGACGCGCUGCUAGCGUCCCUGCUGGACGGCGUGCGCUCGGCGGGGCAGCGCGACGUGCACGUGCGGUCCAUGCCCACGCUGCGCGGGUACCGGCUCGGCCCGCUGCACCAGCCCGUCGAGGAGGAGACCGAGUCCAAUCAUCUUAGAUUAUUCCAAAACCCAGUAGGAAUGAGUCGCGCAGAAGUGAUCGAGAGAUUCAACGCGAACGUCGGCUACAGCGGCCUCAUAUACUCAGUCAGCCAAGACCGUCUGUUCGCCGAGAACAAGGAGAAGCUGAUCACGGGCGCGCUCACGGCGCUGGUGAGCAGCGCGCCCUCCGGCAGCAACUUAACGCCCCGCGAGCUGGAGUCGCAGUUCCACGCGCUGAGGCGACUCUGUGCCAGCAAAGUGGGAUUCGCGGCGUUUACUGCCUUGCCUGGUUUCCGCGAGUGGAUCGGCACGGCGACGGUGGCGGCGCUGCGGCGCGGGUCGGCGGCGUGCGCGCACGCGGCGCUGGACGCGGUGUGCGCGCUGCUGCAGCCCAUGCACGCCGAGCCCGACCUGCGCCAGGAGCAGCUCAACAAGGCCAGCAUGCUGUCCACGCCCAGCUUCCUCGACGGCCUGCUCACCAUGUGGGCUGACCAUGUCACUGCAGGAAGCGGUGCCUUGGUAGUGGCAGCCAUGUUGGAUUUCCUCACGUUCGCAUUGUGCGUGCCAUACAGUGAAACGACGGACGGCAAGCAGUUCGAUCAGCUUUUGGAAAUGGUCUCCAAGAGGGGGAGAGUCCUGUUCAAGUUGUUUGAACACCCGUCGAUGGCCAUAGUGAAGGGCGCGGGGCUGGUGAUGCGCGCGCUGGUGGAGGAGGGCGGGUCGGGCGUGGGCGCGCGCAUGCAGGCGCUGGCGCUGGCCGAGGCCGCGCUGCCGCGCCACCUGCUGGCCGCGCUGUACGCGCCGCCGCGCCUGCAGCACCGCCACCUCGCGCGGCACCUGGUGGCGCUGUGGCUGGUGGACCACGCCGCCGCGCACUCGCUGCUGCGCAGGAUCAUGCCAUCAGGCCUCCUCGCAUUCCUGGAGUCGUUGGAAGCGCCGCCAGCAGCCGCGAUAGCAGACGAGAUGGAACCCGAGCGUGAUAACUUACAACUUGCUCAAGCAACCGUCAAGCCACGCGCACAGCAUUGGGAGGCGUUAGAAAGACAAGUGAAAUAUGUGGAGAAACAUCUGGAACACUACGCGGCGCUGGCCAUGCAGCACUGGGCGGCGCGGCUGGGGCGCGCGGCGGGCGAGCGGCGCGACGCCCCGCGCGAGCGGCCUGUCGUACUGCGCCGCCGCAGGGAGCGCGUCAAGUCCAGCGCCAACUGGCCGCUCUUCUACUACCAGUUCCACAGGGACCACGCGCUGCCUAACCUCAUAUGGAACCAUACGACUCGAGAAGAGCUUCGCAACGCCUUAGAGAACGAGCUCCGCGCCUUCACAUCAGACCGCGAGGUCGCCGGCACUACCCUCACGUCGUGGAACCACGCCGAGCUCGAGGUCCACUACCAGUGCCUGCAGAACGAGGUCAAGAUCGGGGACUACUACCUUAGGAUACUGUUAGAGCAGAGGGACAAUGAUGACAGCCCGAUUAGAAAGUCGUACGAAUUCUUCAAUGAUCUAUACCAUCGGUUUCUGUCGACGCCCAAAAUCGAGAUGAAGUGUAUGUGUUUGCAAGCCAUGAGUAUUGUGUAUGGACGGUACUUUGAAGAUAUCGGUCCGUUUGCUGAUACUAAGUACAUCGUACAGAUGCUGGACAGGACAUGCGACAGAAUGGAAAGGGACAGACUUGUACAAUUUCUAUCAAAACUUAUUUUACAUAGAAGAAAUGUCAGCGAUAUAUUAGAAUGGAAUGGUAUUAGGAUCCUUGUAGAGCUAAUGACACUAGCGCACUUACACACGUCGCGGGCGACCGUGCCGGCGCAAAGCAAUGUGAUUGAGGGCCCGCAGCAGCAGACCGGCGGCGACCGCGAGUGGUACUACAACGUAGAGCAGGCCGACAAGGUGCAAAGGAAUGGGCCGGUCAGCUUUCAACAGCUCAAAGACCUAUACAAGUCCGGCGAGAUCAACAAUAAGACGAAAGCCUGGGCUAACAGCAUGGAAGGCUGGCGCGCAGUGGGCGGCGUUGCGCAGCUCAAGUGGACGUUAGUAGCGCGCGGCGUGGCCGUGCUGGACGAGAGCGCGCUCGCCGCUACUGUGCUCGACCUGCUCAUCACGUGCGCCAGAUACUAUCCCAGCAGGGACGAAGAAGACGCUGUAAUCAGACCUCUACCGAAAGUAAAGCGGAUGUUAUCGGAGCCUGCUUGUCUGGCGCACGUCGUACAACUGUUGCUCACUUUUGAUCCUAUAUUAGUAGAAAAGGUAGCAACCCUACUGUAUGAAGUGAUGCAAGACAAUCCAGAAAUCUCGAAAUUAUAUCUAACAGGCGUUUUCUACUUCAUGUUGCUAUACACGGGAUCGAAUCUGCUUCCUAUUGCGCGGUUUCUAAGACUUACACAUAUGAAGCAGGCCUUCAGAGCUGAUCAGACAAGUUCAGAUAUAAUGCAGCGGUCGAUCCUAGGCCAGUUAUUACCUGAAGCGAUGGUGUGUUACCUAGAAAACCACGGCGCCGACAAGUUCGCACAGAUCUUUCUAGGCGAGUGGGAUACGCCUGAAGCUAUAUGGAACUCCGAAAUGAGACGCAUGCUGAUAAUGAAGGUAUCAGCCCACAUCGGCGAGUUCACCCCCCGCCUGCGCGCGCACAUCGCGGCCCGCUACCCGUACCUGGCCAUCCCGGCCGUGCGCUACCCGCAGCUGCAACACGAGCUGUUCUGCAACAUGUUCUACCUGCGACACCUGUGCGACACGCAGAGGUUCCCCGACUGGCCUAUACCUGACCCUGUUGGCCUACUGAAAGAUGUUCUGGACGCAUGGCGUCGCGAAGUCGAGAAGAAGCCUCCAUCCAUGACAGCGAGCGAGGCGUACGCGGCCUUAGGACUGACCACGGGCCAACACGACGAGGCCGCCGUGCGAAAGGCGUAUUACAAGCUGGCGCAGCAGUUCCAUCCUGAUAAGAACCCCGAAGGACGAGACCGAUUCGAGGCAGUGAACCAGGCUUACGAGUUCCUAUGCAGCCGGAACGUUUGGACCGGCGACGGACCCAACACCAACAAUAUCGUGCUCAUUCUACGCACGCAGACGAUACUGUUCCAGAGGUAUUCUGAAGUGCUGGCGCCGUACAAGUACGCGGGCUACCCGCAGCUGCUGCGCACGGCGCGGCUGGAGGCGGCGGCCGAGCAGCUGUUCGCGGCCCGCGACGCCGCGCCGCUGCUGCCCGCCGCCUGCGAGCUUGCGCACGCCACCGUGCGCUGCUCCGCGCUCAACGCGGAGGAGCUGCGCCGCGAGGGCGGCCUGCAGGUGCUGCACGAGGCCAUGUCCCGCUGCGUGCCGGUGUUGUCGGACGCGAGCGCGGCGGGCGAGGUGUCCGCGCAGGUGUGCGCCCACGCGGCGCGCUGCUUCGCGGUGGCGGCCGCCUUCCCCGCGUGCCGCAGCGUGUGCAAGGACAUGCCGCAGCUGUGCGCGGACCUCGUGCCGCUGCUCAAGAAACAGCACCUAGGCGAGACAGCAUGCGCGGGCGCGGCCGCAGUGGGCGCGCUAGCAGCGGAGCCCACGUGUCGCUCGCAGCUGGCGCGCGCCGGCGCCAUACAGGCGCUGCUGCCCGCCGCGCUGCGCUACGACUACACGCUCACCGAGUCCGGCGUCGAGACUGACGCGCAGCAGAGCAAACAGGAAGUCGCUAACCAGCUAGCGAAGCAGUGUAUAGUGGCGCUAGCGGCUAUGUACGGGCCCCAUGCGCAGGCCUCGCCGGACGACGAGCAUAUACAGAAUGCUCUAGACACGUUACUCACACAGUACUUGUGUAGAAGACUUGGGGAGCCGGACCAGCAUGAGCUAUUAAAAACGCUAACCUCAAACUGGCGAACCCCCUACCUGGUGUGGGACAACAGUACUCGCGCGGAGCUGAAGGACGUGUUACGUAAGAACCGGCCCGCGCCCGACAGCGAGGGGCCGCUCAUAGAGCCCUUCACGUACACCGCGCACGAGGGACUCGUGUCAGUCGGCGGCGUAUACAUCGACAUCUAUAAUGAACAGCCCGACUUCCCUAUUGAAAAUUCUCAGCAAUUCAUCUUGGACCUACUGAAGUUCAUACAAGAGCAGACUCAAGGCGACAUGACGACCGAGCGAGUGCAGCACGUCACGUACGCACUGACCGCGCUCGCCAACGUUAUUAUAAAGAACCCGGGUGCAGAGAUCCAGUGCAUCGGUCAGUUCGGUCUGAUCUUCGGCCUGCUGUCGGCGCGCGCCUACCCCCCGCUGCAGGGCGCGGCGCUGCGCGGCGUGCUGGGCGCGGCCGGCAGCCGCGAGUGCGUGGAGGACAUCGCCGCCAGCAACGUGCUGGGCCCGCUGCUGGCGCUGCUGGCCGACAGGCCGCCGCGGCCCGAGGCGCUCGCCGCACUCGCUGCGCUGUUCGCCAACACCACGCUCGUCAAGGAGGCGCUCAACAAAGGUGCUGUGAUAUAUCUGUUAGAUUUAUUCUGCAAUAGUAAGAUACCGGAAACGAGAGAAACGGCCGUCGAGUUGCUGGCGCGGAUGAUGUCCGACAAGUUACAUGGACCUAAGGUCCGGCUGACGAUCUCGCGCUACAUCCCGGGCGUGUUCGCGGAGGCCAUGCGCGAGGCGGGCGGCGCCAGCGCCGUGCACAUGUUCGACGCGGCGCACGAGCACCCCGAGCUCGUGUGGAGCGACGCCACGCGCAACACGCUCGCCGCCAGGAUCGCGCAGCUCAGGGACCGGCACCAAUCAUUACAACUAUCAACACCCAACGCUAUAUUCGAGGACCGGGAGACCCUAGAGCGGGCAGCGGCCGGGGAACAGGUGUGGGCGCCGCCGGGAGAGGUGGUCGUCGACGGUGUAUACCUCAAGCUGUACCUGCAGAACCCGCACUGGAACUUGCGGAGCCCCAAGAGGUUCCUGCAGGAGCUGGUGACAGAGACUAUUGCUUCGCUUAAUAAGGAUAGCUCGGAGGGAAGUCGCGGCGAGACAUGUGCGCUAGCCCUGUCGGCAGCUCUCCGCGCGCGGCCGGCGCUGGGCGAGGUGUGCGCGCAGCUGGGCGAGCUGCCGCGCCUGGCGCGCCUGCUGCCGCAAGCGCCCCGCCUCGCCGUGCCCGUCAUAGCUGCACUCGCACCCACACAGGCAUGUGUGGUAGCAUUGACCCAGACGGACGUGAUGGCGGGCCUCAAGUCCGCCGUGCAGUCGUGUCGCGAGAUCGUGGGCAGCGCUUGUGAGGCGCUCGCGCUCAUCUUCUCCAGCAACGCGAAUACGGACAGGCUCGUGUUGCAGGCGUUAGAGACGGACCUGAUAGGCACGUUGCUGUCGCUCCUGGAGACCCGGCUGGAGGGCGCGGCGGCGGCGCAGCUGGUCCGCGCGCUGAAGGCCAUGUCCCGCUCGGGCCCGCACGGCGAGCGCGUGCGCGGCGUGCUGGCGCGCUCGCCCGUCUGGGAGCACUACGCCGCGCAGCGACACGACCUCUUCAUCACCGCCGCCUCGCACAACAACACGCUCGCAGCGGCCCCGCACACGGCGGGCUACCUCACAGCGCCGCCGUGCAACAUCCCGGCGCAGCCGCCGCCCAUCGACUGACCGCCGGCCCUCCGCACCUAAACACACACAGCUUUCUGAAAGGUACGUCACAUUACUACCAGCCUCACGAAUCUCUUAUGAUAUAAUAGAAAUUUAGAUAGACUUACUUGAUACAAAUGCAUUCUUAUUGGAUAUAAAAAGAAAAUAGUUAUACUGUAUAUAGUUGCAUCCUUCAAUUAAAAUGCCAUCAUAAUUAAAGGCAACGUUUUUUGUGUUCAAUUCAAGCGCCUAGAGCAAAAUCAAUGUUGGAUUUGAUGGAAAAGUGUACGACAUUCAAAAUGAUGAUUCCAGCUUUUGUAAUCCUUUCAGAAACAAGUUGUGUUAGCGAAUUUGCCUUGGCGUACUCCGCGGCCUAUGAGCUACAAAAUUAUUAUUUCGGUGUAAGAUACCUCAUCUCUGUGUAUUAUAACUAUAGCAAUAAUUCUAAUACGCUUAAACUUUAACUGUGCGUGGAAAUCAACAAUGAAAAGUUGAUAAUUUUCUUAUGUUCCGUACGUUCUUAGCCUCAUGAAGUACUAACAAGGCAAAUUCAUAUUUGUACUUAUGUAAAAAUCUAAUUAAGAACCUGAUCAUUAUGAUAUUCUUAAGUUGUAUUGAAGUCUCAUAAAAGGUUAUAUAUUAUUAACACAUUUACUCAGCAGUAAGUGGCACGCUCGAAGUAUUACCAGCCAAAGUUUAUUUGUGUUUUAGCUUCGUUCGGCUUAGAACAUUGUAUAAGGUUUGAUCUCUAACGAAAGGCAAAUAUUAUUUACAUCAUUCCUAUACGGUAGCGACAUAUGUAUUUAAGGUUUUUGUAUUAAGAUACGCACUUUUUUAUGAAUAUAGGCUAGUUAUAACACAAGUGCAAGACAAAUAUUAUUCGUUUGAUUCGUAUUUAUGUAUAUGUAAAAUUGUUUCUUUACGCAGUUGCCCGCUGUUAGUUCCGUAAUACUUAACAAUUAUUGUGAUUUAAUGGCAAUAUUAACUUAGCAAUAUUUAUACAUACUUGUUAAGUAUUUGCUUGUACAAAAACACUGUUAUUAUUUACGUUUCUCAGCUGCACAUCGAACUAUAAUAAUUUCGGCUUAAGACGACUGUCGGGUGAUUGUUAUUCAACUUUGAUAUACCUAUUCAUGUCAAUAAAUAUAGGAUUCGCACUUUUAUAUGAACAUAGGGUUAUAAUAUUGUGUACCGAUAGUCUGUGACUACAUGACAUAGUUUGCUUUUGUACCAAUUUUGUGAGUCUAUUAAUUACACGUUUAAAGGCCUUCUUGCCAUAUUUAGUUAUUGUAUUGAGACUGAAAAUCAUUAAAAAUAUAAUAAAAUAUUUUAUUGAAUUUUGGCUUUAGAAUGAAAUUAAGUUUAUAAGCCUAUAAGGCUUUUUAUUGAUAAAUUGGAUGUUUUUCUAAUUCAUGUGUAGGUGUAACAUUAUAUUCUACUUGUUUGUUUUACGAUAUUUAAAAAAAUAAGGUUUGAACCUUGAAUGAAUUAUUUACAAUAAGGCUUGUACACCAGAAACGGAAAAAUGAAUAAAAUAUCUUUGUGUAAUAUGUAUUAUACCAUUUGUUGAUGUAAGUUACGGCUUUUUUAAAUGAAUGUUACUACUUAUUUACAUGAAAAUUAUGUGUGAUAAUACUGUAAAAGAAAUUAAAAUGAUUGUUUGUUUUAGUCAUAUCAUAGCAUAUUAAGGCGUCUACUUGAAAUAAAGGAGGAUGUUCUUAUCGCUCAUUAUUAAUUGAGUACGUCCUAAAAUAUGUUUAUAUGCGCCGACUACAAUAUUUAGUCGAUUUAUCGAUUUUGCUUGCAUUUGUUCUACUUAGUUUUAUUUGCUGCAGCUUUCUGUAUCAUAGCUUUUUUGGUGAUGUCUGCGUCGUAAGAAUGAUCGGCUAGUUAUUUUAGUCGGUGCAUCACUUGUAAUGAUAACUAUGGAAACGUGAAUGGUCAUGAUGCUCGUGUGUUAUCUACUCCCAUAUUGUCUGAAGAAUAGAGAUUUUUAUUAUUGAUCAAAAUUAUUGCUGGAGAUUUAAUUUAUUGAUGCAUUGUUUUUUUGUAGCGACAACAAAUUGGGGUAUAUUUAGAAGAGUCAAUAUGAUUUUUAUAUUCUAAUACUAAACUGAUAAAGUUUGUCACGGAGUACAUAACACAGGGCAGCUUGAAUGGAUAUUUUGAAUGGCACCAUGACGGCAAGCAAGGUGUGAUCAUAUGGAUAUUUUUAUAUCUAGAAAUAAGUUAUAUCGCUGUAAAAUAUACGAAGUUAAUAUAUCA